AUGCAGGACGGCGGCUGCGCCCUCUUGGGGGUUUCUCUCCCAGCGGGAGAAACAAAAGUUUUGCAGCAGCAGCUGCUGGCAGCAGCGCAGCAGAGCAGCAGCAAGGAGAGGCAGCAGGCCUUUGCUGCUGUUGCUGCUACUGUUGCUGCUGCUGCUGCAGCAGCAGCAGCAGCAGGAGAGUGCCACGCUCAUGCAGCUGCCGUUGCUGCAAUCCACAUAGCUGGGAGCGAGGAGCUACGGCGACAUCAAGACAGCAGCCAUUUGCUGCUGCAGCAAAUUGCUGCUGUGGUGCUGCCUGCUCUCUUUGCUGCAGCAGCUGCUGCUAAAGACCCUACCAAAGCAGCAGCAGCAACAGCAACAGCAGCAGCAGAAGGAAACACGGUAGCAGAUCUAGCAGCAAGAGCAGCAAAGCCACGAGAAACAACGGCAGCAGCAACAGCAGCAACAGAUCCAACAGUCACAGCAACAACAGCAACAGCAACAGCAGCAGCAACAGCAAAUGCAGCAGCAGCAGCAGCAGCAGCAGCAGCACAACAAACGGCAAAGCUUUUCCUCACUGCUGCAGCUCCAUUCGGCUAUCUGCUGGAAGUAGAGCGGUUCCAAGUGCGGCGGUUGCUGGCUAAGUCACUCAUUGACAGCGGGGUGCGGCAGCAGCAACAGCAGCACCAGCAGCAACAACAACAAUAG